AAAAUUGCCAGGAAAUUCAAUUAACCAGCAGUCGGAAAUUAAAGUAAAUAAACGUCGUCGCCAUUUAAUGUGAUGAGCUAAUUUCUAAAUCCUACACGCUUUAGUAUGUUGCAGACUGAUCAAUGGAACUAAAUCGCAGUUCGGACUUUUUAACCGAAAUUGAUGAUUCGGCAUGGAUUCGCCGCCGAACACGACUAGAAAAAGGACUAAUGGUGGCGCUAAUCCUCGCAAGUGCGGCCAUUUUGGGUUUUUUCAUCAAUAUGGUGACAUUUGACGUUGAAAACGAAAGAGCGUGUCAUACUCCAAAUUGCGUCGUGGCGGCUGCGCAUAUUGUAAGUCAUAUUGACGAAAGCGUCGAUCCCUGUGACGAUUUUUUUCGUUUCGCCUGUGGGAAGGUCCUAAACGUAACUCCCCGAGAGCAUCACCCCAAAAGGUUACUGGAUUACAAAAUUGAAAAGCAGUUACAAAAUCUGUUAGAGGAACCUAUUCGCCAAUCUGACCCCGCCAUUUUAAACUACGAAAAGCGUUUCUACCAAGCAUGUAUCGAAGAUAAGAACGGUUCCAAAGGGCUCAAAACGUUGAAGGGCAUCUUUCAAGAUUUGGGCGGAUGGCCGGUUGUUGUCGGUAGCAGCUGGGACGAGACCAAAUUCAACUGGUUAGAUUGGGUGCCCAAAUUUUACAAACACGGUUUAAACCACAUGCAGAUUCUGCGCUACACCAUCGAGUUUGAAAGUGAAAACUCAAACAAACGAAUUAUAAAAAUACUGCCACCAUAUCAAUUUUUAAUCGAGCGUACUCGGGAGAUACAGCGGAGAAUGUUAAUAGAGGUGGCCACCCUUUUUGGUGCCGAAGAAAAAACCGCCAAUAGCGAAAUGAUAGAAGUGAUGGAUCUCAUGUGGAACAUCGAUAAAUUGAAGGAGGAGUACAUCAAUUAUUCUCAUCCAAUAACCCAACUCCCUGCAAGGGAAUUUCAGAAAAUACACACGGAAUUGGACUGGUUGCACUAUUUCAACUCUUUAACGAAAUCAGAAAACAUAAUCAAGAUGGACGAGUAUUUCUCCUUCAGGCACACGGAUUGCGUUAAGGCUAUUCUGGGUUUGGUACAGAGGACUCCUAAGAGAACAAUCGCCAACUAUAUGUUUUGGUGUGCGGUGGAGGAUCUCUUGCCAGUAUUAACAACCGAUAUCAUUGAAAUGCACAACAUUCAAGAAUGCCUGUGGAGUUCCUCGAGGAAGACACGCUUAGAAAUGUGCAAAAGAUUCAUCCGACAAAAUUUCAGUCCCAUGUCUUUAUAUGUAGCAUAUGCAAAGAAAUAUUUAACUAGCGAAUCAAAAACACAAGCUACAGACAUUUUUAAUCGGGUAAAAAAGGAGUUUAAAAAACUAUUUGAAAUUUCUACAUGGAUGAGUGAAGGUAAUAAAAUCAAUGUAACGAAUAGUUUUAACACCAUGACCGAAAUAAUUGGGCUACAACAUGAGACGUUGAAUGUGUCUAUGUUUGACGAGUUCUUCAACAAGCUGAAAUCGAGAGACGAAUUUCUGAAAAUGUAUUUAAAUCUAAAUUCGGUAGUUAAUGAGGUAGCGUAUACAGUUCUGCCAAAGGAUCGAUGGAUGCAUGAUUUUGUAUACUUCAAUUUCAUAACUGAUGUGGAAACUAUUUACAUUCGAUCUAGAAAUACUAUAAUUAUUCCAGCAGGAAUGCUACAAGAUUGGUAUUAUGACGAAGAAAAACCAAUGUACGUUAACUUUGCUACGAUUGGAAAAAACAUUGGAGCUACAUUUGCUAAUAUGGUCACUGGAGUGCAUGUAUUUGGAGACGAUGCGGCAGAUUGGUCGGAAGAAACAAAAAAGGGGUUUGAGGAAGUCACCAGUUGCAUCCGUCAUAAAAACGAAGUCGACCUCAUGGCAGAGUACUACGACUACAAGAAAUUGGAGGUGGGCCAAAUCACCGGUCUCAAGGUCGCUUACAAUGCAUAUCUAGAAUGGAUGAAAGAUAAUCGCGAAGAAAAACCAUUAAAGGGAAUCGGGUACACUUCGAAGCAGUUGUUUUGGAUUUCCGCUGUGACGGAUUCCUGUCACGAAGACGAUUACGGUUUCACAUUGUUUGUUUACAACGAGCCUAUAAGACAAAAUAUAAAUUUUGCCAAAGAUUUUGAGUGCGACGGUAGUUCCAAAAUGACUUCCUCCAACAGAUGUGAAAUUCUCUAAACGGAAAACUAACCGAACCCAUAUCAUAAACAAAAUUUCUCGUUUUGCAAACUGUAUUGUUAACUCGAAAUGCCAAAAAGUUUAUUCAAUUAAAGUUGGAGAAUGACAUGUA